AUGGCAUUCUGUAAUCCAGUAAAAUGCGUUCAUCCACCUAAUUCUUCUAUUAUAACUUAUAAUAAACAUUCAACUAAUUCAAUUAAAACAUUACUUCGACGUCAACUAUUUAAAAAAUCGAAAACUCCCGUACAUAGUCCAGUUCCAAGUCAUGCAUCAUCAACAACUGCUCGAUUUCAACGUAUCAAAGGAUCUAAUUUUGUCCGUGAAGUUAAUCCAAAGUUAGAAUACAGCAUUAAAACAGACUCAACAAAUAAUUAUGAUAUGACUAUCUUUCAUGAAGAACAACUGGAUGAUACAUACGCAGUUUUAUCUCGUCGCCGAUCAAAAAGAGUUCCUAGUUGGGCUAGAAAAAGUGAACUUCAAUUAGCAUUUAUUAAUCAGAUUUACUUUAAUGAUAAAAAUCCAGAAGAUAUCUUUGGUACUGUUGAAAUCGAUGCAGCACAUGAAAUGGUUAAAUCACUUGAAUUUUACGACUCUGAACUGUCAUCAAAUUUUUCUUUCUCUAUGUUUUCUCCGAAUUUUGUAUAA